UUAUAAAGAUAAAAAUAAGAAGAAGGCAGUUGGCCGAUAAAAAUGUUUGUCCAGAUAAUACUGUUAAUUUUUAUUGUUUUUUUAUUUUUAAUUUAUACAACGGGCAAACAUAAUGAGAACUAUUGGAAGAAACGAGGUGUUAAAUUGCACAAGAAAAAUAAAGUCACAGGUUUGUCUUGGGACUUUUUUACAACGGACAAGCCAGUGUUUCAAAUAAUUGGUGAUCUUUACAAAGAAUAUCGUGAAGAGCCCGCCGUCGGCUUUGGAAACUUCUUAACUCCAUCACUAUUAGUUAAUGAUGCAACGAACAUUCAGCAUAUAUUCCAAACUGACUUCCAGUCUUUUAACCAUCGAGGUUUCGAAAUCAAUGAAGGAGAUCAUCUAGCAGACAACAUUCUGUUCAUGAAUGGUAACAGAUGGAAAUUAGUCCGGCAAAGUAUGACACCAAUCUUCACCAGCACAAAACUGAAGCAGAUGUUUCAUAUAAUGGACAAGAGCGGAAGAGAUUUUAUUACUUAUCUCAAAGAUAAUCCAGAAAGAUUAUACGGAAACGCCAUUGACUCAAUAUCAACAUUUUGCUGCGCCGCUAUUGGAGCUGCUGUGUUUGGCGUAGAGUCUGAAUCAGUUUUUGAAUCGCCAUUUUUGGAUGUUGCUAAGAGGGCAAUGAAAUUCUCCGUAACAAUGAAUAUAAAAGCCUUAAUCAUGAACGUGUUUCCGUGGCUAUCUAAGAAAUUAAACUUUAAACUUUUCUCCGAGCAUGAAGACUUCUUUAUUGGUGCUGUCAAAAGGAUAAUUCGCCAGCGAGAACAAGAUAAAGUACAGAAACAUGAUUUCGCCGAUAUGUGCGUGAGUUUACAAAGGAAUGGUACUUUAAAAGAUCGGGACACCGGACUGGAAUUGGAACCCACAGACGAGCUGCUAUCAGGCCAAGCAUUUUUCUUCUUUACAGCUGGAGUUGAUCCAAGUGCUGCAGCCAUUUUCGGCUGUUUAUUGGAAUUGGGCAGAAAUCCUGAGCAUCUAAAGAAAGUCCACAAUGAAAUAGACACGGCAUUUGAGAAAUUAAACGGAAAUCUGUCUUAUGAGUCUGUAAUGGAAAUGGAAUAUUUAGAGAAAGUUUUAUGUGAGAGUUUACGAAUGUGGCCACCUAUUGGAGUUUUGAAUAGACAAUGCGUUGCAGAUACUGUUUUGCCUGUAGGGAAUAUUAAAAUUGAUAAAGAUACCAAGGUGUACGCUGCGGUGUAUGAAUUGCAUCAUGAUCCCAAAUAUUAUCCAAAUCCAGAAGUAUUUGACCCUGAGAGAUUUUCAUCAACGUCAGCACAAGAUAGCAAUGUGUAUAUGCCUUUUGGUAAAGGAAACAGACUAUGCGUCGGUAUGAGAUUCGCCCGGCUGCAAGUGAAGACUGGAUUAAUACACUUCCUGCGUAAUUUUACUGUAAAAACGAAAAUUGAUGGUGACAGGAUACGUUUUAAAAAAGAUCCAGUACAAGUAAGACCUGUUAAUGUUGAUAUUGAAUUUAUUUGGAGAAACAUAUAACUUUUUUAUUAAACAUAUGUGUUAGUACUA